CCCUGUCCUAGAGUGAAGUUUUUUCUCCAACGUACAUUUUGGUGGUCUUUUGUUUUGUUUCAAUCAUCAUUGAUUCCAUUUUAUCUUGGUGUGAAACCCUCUGGGUUCCUGUUUCUCACGUGGGUGUGUUGAGUGGUACUACCAUGCCAUUUAUCUGGUGUGAACACAGAUGUGGUUGGAUAGAGGAGGGUAUAGUCUUUUUUGGGAGAGAAUUUGAGGUUGGGGAAGGCCUGAAGUAAUGGAACAGAAGCAAAUCUUGCUGUCUGCUCUGAGCCUCGGGAUCGGUGUUUCGGUUGGCCUUACUUUGGCCUCUGGACAGACAAUGAGCCGAUGGACCGGGCUGCUGAACUGCUCGGCGGGCGCAAUUACAGAAGCGCAGCUUGAGCAUGAGCUACGGGGACAGGUUGUGGAUGGAAAGGAAAGCAAGAUCACAUUUGAGGAGUUUCCUUAUAUCCUCAGUAAGCAGACACGAGGAUUACUGACAAGUGCUGCACAUGUUCAUCUAAGGCUCUCUGACUUUUCUAAGCACACCCAGAAACUUAUGCCUGCAGGCAGGGCUAUUUUGCUCUCAGGACCUGCUGAACUUUAUCAGCGAGCACUCGCCAAAGCUUUAGCACAAUUCUUUGAAGCAAAGUUGCUGCUGUUGGAUGUUAAUGACUUUUCUCUAAAGAUGCAGAGCAAAUAUGGUUGUCCCAGAAAAGAAUAUUCUUCCAAGAAGUCCAUCCCAGAGACGACAUUGAAGCAAAUCUCUGGGUUUCUUGGCUCUUUCUCAAUCCUUCCCCAAAGAGAAGAAACCAAAGCUCAUAUCAAGUGCACAAGCAGCUGGGCUUUUGAUGAGAAACAUCUUUUGCAGUCGCUUUACAAGGUCUUGGUUUCAGUAUCGGAAACAUGUUCCAUGAUUUUAUACAUCAGGGAUGUUGACAAGCUUCUUCUGCAAUCAGAUAGAUUUUACAAAUUGUUCCGGAAAAUGUUGGACAAAUUAUCGGGAUCAGUUCUGAUACUUGGUUCCCGCAUGUUAGACCCUGAUGAUGAGGAUAAUGAAAUGGAUGAAAGGGUGAGUCUUUUAUUCCCUUGCAAUAUUGAAAUCGAGAAACCUGAGGAUGAGACUCAUCUUGAUAGAUGGGAAGCCCAACUGAAAGAGGAGACAAAGGUGAUCCAGUUUCAGGACAACAAAAAUUAUAUGGCUAAGGUGCUUGCAGCAAAUGAUCUUGACUGUGAUGAUUUGGGUUCAAUCUGCUAUGCAGACCCUGAAAUUCUAAGUGAUUACACAGAAGAGAUUGUAAUAUCUGCAAUAUCUUAUCAUUUGUUGAAUAACAAAGAUCCAGAAUACCGAAACGGAAAGCUUGUCAUAUCUUCUAAGAGUUUGUCUCAUGGAUUGAGUUUAUUCCAGGAAGACGCACCAAAUGCUGAAUCUAAGGUAUUUCCACGUUGCAAUGAAUUUGAGAGUCGUAUAAGGCCAGAGGUUAUCCCACCAAAUCGGAUAGGAGUGACAUUUGAUGACAUCGGUGCCUUGGAUGACAUUAAAGAAUCACUGGAGGAGUUGGUCAUGUUCCCUCUUCAAAGACCAGAGAUCUUCAAGGGUGGGCUUCUUAAGCCUUGCAGGGGGAUACUACUCUUCGGGCCUCCUGGUACUGGAAAAACGAUGCUGGCAAAGGCUAUGGCCAAUGAAGCUGGAGCAAGCUUCAUCAAUGUCUCAAUGUCCACCAUCACUUCAAAAUGGUUUGGUGAAGAUGAGAAGAAUGUUCGAGCUCUGUUCACACUUGCGGCAAAGAUCUCCCCAACUAUUAUUUUUGUGGAUGAGGUUGAUAGCAUGCUUGGGCAGCGACUUGAAUUUGGAGAGGAUUGUAGUAUGCGAAAGAUUAAGAAUGAAUUCAUGACACAUUGGGAUGGACUACUGACAAAAGCUGGUGAACGAGUCCUCGUUCUUGCUGCAACCAACAGGCCAUUUGACCUUGAUGAGGCGAUUAUCAGGCGGUUUGACCACAGAAUUAUGGUUGGUCUACCAUCUGUGGAGAGCAGAGAGAUGAUCCUGAAGACUCUCUUGGCUAAAGAACAAGCCGAGGAUCUUGACUUUAAGGAGCUUGCAACCAUGACAGAAGGUUAUACUGGAAGUGAUCUUAAGAACUUGUGCAUGGCAGCAGCUUAUCGUCCUGUAAGGGAGCUAGCACAACAAGAGAGAAUGAAGAAGGAUAAAAAAAAGAAGCAGAAAGCUGAUGAAGGAAAAAGCUCAGAGGAUGCUUCGGAUACCAGAGAAGAAGCCAAAGGGGAAAGGGUAAUUGUUCUGAGACCCUUAAACAUGGAAGACAUGAGGCAGGCAAAGAAUCAGGUUGCUGCUAGUUUUGCUUCUGAUGGAGCGGCAAUGAACAAGCUGAAGCAGUGGAAUGAAUUGUAUGGAGAAGGCGGCUCAAGGAAGAAGGAACAGCUGACCUACUUUCUAUAGGGCACAUCUUAUAGGAAGUUUGGGAAGCCAGAAAGCCCUUCACCUGAAACCAGCUAGAUAUGGGCAUGCAACAUUGAAUUGAAAGCUGUAGAGUGAGAUGGGCAAGGAAAUCUGGACAACCCAGAGAAGCUUGAAUAAUCCUUCAUAUUGGUUCCUUUGCUUGUGUAUAUCAUUCUUAGAGGGGAGUUGUCAGUAUUUAUUAACAGGCCAUUCUAGAAAAUAUAAACAAACUGCCACCAGUUUCUGGGUAUUUGUUAGUAAUGUUUUUGUAAAUGUUUGCUACUUGGAGAUGCCAAUGGAUUUGCAGAAAGUGAGAGGUUGUUUGGAAAA